CAACAAGCCCUAGUCUCCUCUCUCUCUCUCUCUCUCCCCUUCAGUUCGGCUUUUUCUGAUAUCGAAAGAGAAAAUGUCGACGCUAGAAAUCGAAGCUCGAGAUGUCAUCAAGAUUGUGCUCCAAUUUUGCAAAGAAAAUUCCUUGCACCAAACGUUUCAGACGUUACAGAAUGAGUGCCAGGUUUCUUUGAAUACUGUGGACAGCGUGGAGACAUUUGUUGCUGAUAUUAAUAGUGGGAGGUGGGAUGCGAUAUUGCCUCAAGUGGCUCAGCUUAAACUUCCCAGGAAUAAAUUGGAGGAUUUGUACGAGCAGAUUGUAUUGGAGAUGAUUGAACUUCGAGAGUUGGAUACUGCACGUGCUAUUUUAAGGCAAACUCAGGUAAUGGGUGUCAUGAAGCAAGAGCAACCCGAAAGAUAUUUGCGACUUGAGCAUCUCUUAGUCCGAACUUACUUUGAUCCAAAUGAGGCUUAUCAAGAUUCAACAAAGGAAAAACGCCGCGCUCAAAUUGCCCAAGCUGUUGCUGCCGAAGUCACUGUGGUGCCGCCAUCACGAUUGAUGGCUCUAAUUGGCCAGGCGCUGAAGUGGCAGCAGCACCAAGGGUUACUUCCUCAAGGAACACAGUUUGACUUAUUUCGAGGAACCGCUGCUAUGAAACAAGACGUAGAUGACAUGUAUCCAACAAAUCUUUCACACACAAUAAAGUUUGGGACUAAAAGUCACGCAGAAUGUGCGCGAUUCUCACCAGAUGGACAGUUUCUUGUCUCUUGUUCUGUUGAUGGAUUUGUCGAGGUCUGGGAUUACAUCAGUGGGAAGCUCAAGAAGGAUCUCCAAUACCAGGCUGAUGAAACAUUUAUGAUGCAUGAUGAUCCCGUGCUUUGUGUUGAUUUUAGCAGAGAUUCUGAGAUGCUUGCAUCUGGAUCACAAGAUGGAAAGAUUAAAGUUUGGCGUAUAAGAACUGGUCAAUGCUUGCGCCGUCUUGAACGUGCACAUUCUCAGGGUGUCACAAGUCUUGUCUUCUCUCGAGAUGGAAGCCAGUUACUAAGUACAUCAUUUGACAGUACAGCAAGAAUCCAUGGCUUGAAAUCUGGGAAGUUGUUGAAAGAAUUCCGUGGCCAUUCUUCUUACGUGAAUGAUGCUAUCUUUACAGCUGAUGGAAGUCGUGUUAUUACUGCAUCUAGUGAUUGCACAGUAAAGGUCUGGGAUGUGAAGACUACGGACUGUCUGCAAACAUUUAAGCCACCACCUCCUUUACGGGGAGGUGAUGCUUCUGUGAAUUCUGUUCAUCUUUUCCCCAAAAGUACUGAUCAUAUUAUUGUUUGUAAUAAGACAUCAUCAAUCUACAUUAUGACACUUCAAGGACAGGUACUUAUUCUUAAUGAAAAUGUAGCGUAAAUUUGUUUCCAUUGC